CUUCAUCCUCACCUCACCUUCCAUUGCCCUCUAACCCUCCAAAAUGCUCAGGCAAUCCUUGCACAUGCUGCGCCCUGCACGCGCUAUGUCGACGGCCGCGAAGUCGUCACUCAAGAUUGGUGUCAUUCCCGCGGAUGGUGUGGGCAAGGAGGUGAUCCCGGCAGCUGAACAGGUCAUCUCUGCUCUUGGAUCGGACAUUCCGAAGCCGGAGUUUAUCCCCUUGCUCGCGGGAUGGGAGACCUUCACCAGGACAGGCGUCGCAUUGCCGGAGGAGACUAUCGAGGUCUUGAAGUCCGAGUGCGACUGUGCUCUGUUCGGUUCCGUUAGCUCUCCUUCUAAGAAGGUCGUUGGCUACUCCUCCCCUAUCGUCGCUCUGCGCAAGGAGCUCGACCUCUACGCUAACAUCCGACCUGUCCUCUCGGUGGCGCCUACGCCGGAAGCCAAGCCUGACGUCGACCUCGUCGUGGUGCGCGAGAACACUGAAUGCUUGUACAUUAAGCAGGAGGAGUCUUCGCAUGGACCGAACGGACGUGAAGCACGCGCCACACGCCUCAUCACCGAGCGGGCAUCGUCCCGCAUCGGUAAAAUGGCUUUUGAGCUCGCGCUCCAGCGACCUGCCAAGCAACUGCACAUCAUUCACAAGUCAAAUGUCCUGUCCGUCACCGAUGGUCUCUUCCGCGAGACCGUCCGAGCCGUGCCCCUCAAGGCGGAGGGCAAGUACGACAGCGUCAAGGUCCUCGAGCAGCUUGUCGAUAGCGCUGUUUACAAGCUCUUCCGUGACCCACGAGAAUUCGACGUCAUGGUCGCGCCCAACCUCUACGGCGACAUCCUCUCCGACGCCGCGGCCGCCCUCGUAGGCUCCCUUGGCCUCGUCCCCUCCGUAAACGCCGGCGACAACUUCGUCAUGGGCGAGCCCGUCCACGGCUCUGCGCCCGACAUCGCCGGGCAGAACAUCGCGAACCCGAUCGCCUCCAUCCGCUCCGCGGCCCUCAUGCUGCGCCACAUGGGCUAUGCCAAGGGCGCGGACCGCAUCGACAAGGCCGUCGACACCGUCGUGCGCGAAGGCAAGGUCGCGACGCCGGAUGUGGGCGGGAAGAGCACGACGAGGGAGGUGGUGGAUGCGAUUACGCGCUUGAUCUAGGCGUGCGGGGUGUAGUACUACUACUAGAUGAGUGUAUACUUGUGAUCUGUCUAUGAGCACUGGAUGAUCUAUCAGAGCUACUAGAGUCGGUUAUAGACGCAUGCAGCGUGGGUUGGGGAUCCGCGGGUCUG